UCUCAGAGCUGAUUGCAUCAGGGACUCUGCUUUCUUGUUUUGGAGGGAGUGGAAAACAAAAAGUGGGACCUCACCGCCAUGACAGGGAAGGAGGGAGUUGUUCUCUCAGACACUGAGAAUAAACUGAAAUCCGCCUCACACACCACCGUGAACCACGGGGGACCCCAGCAGCCGCCUCCAGGCUGGAAGAUGGCCCCCGUGGUGCACCGGCGCACCGGCUUUGGGAUCCAGGAGCUGCUCGGACUCAACAAGGAGCCGCCGGCGGUCCCGAGGCGGCCGCUGGAGGCUCUGCCGCACAGCGCGCACGUCCUGGCCGCCAGGUCGGCCCUCGGACACGGGGGGCUCGGGGUCGGGAUGGGUUUGCUGGGACCGGAGGGAAUACACUCGUUUUACAGCCAGCCUGCGUUUCUGGAGGUGCUGGCAGAGGCGCAAAAUGUGCACCUGCAGCCGCUGCACAGGGCGGCGCACAUGGACGCGCAGAUGGAUGCGCAGCACUCCGCCAGCUCCGAUUCUGAUGACAUGAGUCUGUCCUCCGGUGAUCAGAAGUUUUCUAAAUCAUCAUUGAGUCAGAGCAAGAAACGAAAGAAAAGACGACACAGAACCAUUUUCACGUCCUAUCAGCUGGAGGAGCUGGAGAAGGCUUUUAAUGAAGCUCACUAUCCAGACGUAUACGCCCGGGAAAUGCUCUCCAUGAAGACUGAGCUGCCAGAGGACAGAAUACAGGUGUGGUUUCAGAACCGCAGGGCCAAGUGGAGGAAGAGGGAGAAGUGUUGGGGUCGCAGCAGCGUGAUGGCAGAGUACGGCCUGUACGGAGCCAUGGUCCGUCACUCCAUCCCACUGCCCGAGUCCAUCCUCAAGUCAGCCAAGGAGGGCGUCACAGAGUCCUACGCUCCGUGGUUACUAGGUAUGCACAAGAAGUCAGUUGAAACCACACAAACCUCUCCUGGAAAACCCUGCAGCCUGACACCACCACCAAUAACAACAAUACAGGAGAAACCAGCGGUCAAAAUGAUGGAGGAAGAGACGGAGAAACAGAUGAAAGACACUGCUAAAGCACCCAUUUCUAAAGAGGAACUGAGGGAGAACAGUAUUGCUGCACUGCGAGCAAAAGCACAGGAGCACAGCGCCAAGGUGCUUGGGACAGUUUCUGACAGAACAAAUGGCCACGUAACACAUAAAGAGGAAGCUGAGGACAAGGUGACGGAGCAGGAGAUGGCAGAGGUGGAGAAGAGUGACUGAAAAAAAAGCUGCGGGAUAAAGACUGAUGGUGAAAAUACCUGCAGAGAGAUAGAGGUCCUGUUUUACUGGUGGAGUUGAACCUCGGUGCUUCAGACUGUUCAAACCUGCAGAUCAAAUGUUAUAAUCAGAGAUAAAUAAAUUAGAAAUUAUUUGAGUUCAUUUGUCGGAUAACUUCUACUCUGAUUGAGGUUUUUUUUUUUUUAACCCAACCAAUAACAUAAUUUUUUCCUCUGCUGAAUCACACAAAUGUUCUCCUCACAUUUACCGCAGACCUUUUGAUCUGCAGCUGCAUUAAAAAAUAUAUUUAUUUUCUUUAAAAUAAAUUGUGAACCGUACAGUUCUGUGACAUGGCAGCUACUUUUAUGCAACAGUUUGGAUUAAAAUGUCUUCAGAAGCCUCAUUUCAACAAGCAUCUUAAAAAAGAAAUUGACUAUACCUGCUCCAGACAUGAUGAUAAGGAGAUGACUGUGACCUCUGACCUCCCUGUGAUGACUGAUUUCAGUUUGGUGACUGAAAAGCACACAGCUGGUGUUAGUUCCUGUGAAAAGAUUAAUACAAGAUUCAAUCUUUGUUUUCUUUCAGCAGUUGCAACAUGUGUGAUGUACAUACUGAACAUAUUGUCCAAUAGUUAAUGCUGUAUUGUUGUGUACAGUUAAUUAUCUGUGUUUGUCUCUGUAUAAAUGUAACUGUAGCCUAAUUAAAAGUUACGGAUAUUUAAAGUC